CAAUACCAAACCAAUCAGGUGGUUGUUCGACUAAUUGAAUCUUUAGACGUCAUUAAUCACAUGCUGCUGAUAAAAUGGCACUGCUUUGAAUUAUACCGCUUAGCGACUUCAGUACAUGCCUCAUAGCUCCAGUCUCAAACUUAACCCUGUUCCUGCUGUAGAAGAAUUGGUCUGCUGGAUGGAGAAAGAAGCUCUGGUGAAAGAGGAGGAGGAAGAGGAGGCUGUUACAAUACAAAAACAAGUAGAGAGUGAGGCUGUUACAGUGAAAGAAGAAGAGAAAGGCGUUUCAGUUAAAGAGGAAGAUGCGUUCAGAGUUAAAGAGGAAGAUGCGUUCAGAGUUAAAGAGGAAGAAGAUGCUUCAGUGAAAGAGGAGGAGGAAGAGGAGGCUGUUAAAAUACAAAAACAAGUAGAGAGUGGGGCUGUUACAGUGAAAGAAGAAGAGAGAGACGUUUCAGUUAAAGAAGAGGAAGAUGUGUUCAGAGUUAAAGAGGAGGAAGAAGAUGUUUCAGUGAAGGAGGAGGAGGAGGAGGAGGAAGAGGAGGCUGUUACAAUACAAAAACAAGUAGAGAGUGGGGCUGUUACAGUGAAAGAAGAAGAGAGAGACGUUUCAGUUAAAGAAGAGGAAGAUGUGUUCAGAGUUAAAGAGGAGGAGGAAGAAGAUGUUUCAGUGAAAGAAGAGGAGGGGGAGAUAACUGUCACAUUGAAAAAUGAAGAAGAGGAGGGACCUGGAUAUCUAGGCCCGGUUUCACAAACUCCUCUUAAGGCAUCCAAUGAUUCUAACGAUGAACCAGCCCUGAUUAACACUAGAGAGAGACAUGACUAUCCUGGAUCAUCUGGGGGGCCUCAACAACCUCAUGAUGCUGAUGAGGCAGAGAAGAGUCUCUCCACGUCAAAACACCUCAAGAAACACCAGCAGAGACCCUCAGGAGAGAAACCAUACUGCUGCUCUUACUGCGGGAAGGGUUUCUUAAGAUCAGAUUCACUAAAAAUACACAUGAGAAUUCACACGGGAGAGAAACCUUAUACCUGUGAUCAAUGUGGGAAGAGUUUUACUACAUCUCACCAGCUGACUUCACACCAGAGAACACACACAGGAGAGAAACCUUAUAGCUGUGAUCAAUGUGGAAAGAAUUUUCAUACAUCAAGCCCUCUGAUUCGACACCAGAGAACACACACAGGAGAGAAACCUUAUAGCUGUGAUCAAUGUGGAAAGAAUUUUACUACAUCUAGCCAGCUGACUUCACACCAGAGAACACACACAGGAGAGAAACCUCAUUGCUGUAAUAUAUGUGACAAGAGAUACUCUGAUAAAAGAUCUCUGAUUAAACAUCAGAAAAUACAUGAAGGAGUUGUUUCAUGAUAUCAAUGAAAUAAUGUCACAAUGUAGAAUGUUUUAACAUUAGUAGGAGUAUUUUGAUGUCACAAUGUAGAAUGUUUUAACAUUAGGAGU